AUGGGUGUUGUGUUGAUGUUCGAUGGUCAAAUGCCUGUUAUCAAGGUAGGAAGAAUGGUUGUCAGAGCAUACUCCCAAUCUGCAAGGUCACAUGCUCCUUACAACCCGCCUUCAAGAAAAUCCAGGCCUAGAGAUAUUGUUGUAGCUUUCACUGAUCCUUUGAUUGGAGACAUUCUUUUUCCUUCACCUGCAUCAUCCAAUAUAUUUGCUUAUGCAUAUGUUGUCAAAAGGGAUCUCAGGACUAAGCCUUUUGAAACCAGUAGAUUUGGUAGACCAAAUUUACUAAAAGGUAAGAUAAAAUCUGUAAGAUUUGGUCCUGAUGCAAAAUACAUCGUGGUUGGGUCAAUGGAUAGAAACAUUUGGCUGUUUGGUUUUCCCAGAGAAAAGGAUAUUGCAAUGGAAUCCGGUUUUCUGAAAAAGUUAAAGGGAAUCAAGGGGAACCACAGCAGUGGUGGGAAUCGGCUUGGGAAGGUGAAAGUGGAACGGGAAUCAAAACUUCAGGCUCCAGGGUUCUCCUUUGAAAUUAGCUUCAUCAUUAUCGGAUGGAUCACCGCUGGUUCGCCUUCACAGUUCGCGCCACCACGUCAAACGCAGCCACCUCCACCCACCCUCUCCAUCACCCGUGUUCUUCGAAUCUGA